AUGGCUUCCACCUACCCAGACGGAAUCUUCGAUAGUUUAGGCAAAUUCUACGUAUCUGUGGCCAUCGUGUGGACGGUCGCACUGCUUGUCGGCUCCGUCUUCCUGGUCGUCAAUCGCCAUGAGCAAUGCAUUCGGAUUCGGAACCUACCUCUCGCCCUCAGCGCGGUAUUAUGUCUUCAUAUCUACUGGAUUCUCUGCAUGCUGGCAUACACCAUGGCCGGUGCAUACCCCUGCGGUGUGGAGUACUGGAUCAUGAGCAUUUACCUGCCGCUGGGGAUCGCUCUUUUCCAAGCAAACAGCAUGCAGCUUCUCAGUGUCUCCGGAAUUCAGGAGAAGAUGCUCCAUACCGCACACCAACCGCAGAGGGCCAGUCGUAGUACUGGUUCGAAAUAUCCCAGUCAAUACUGGCGUCAAUGGAAAGAAAUGAACUUGGUCCACCGAACGGAAGUCGCCAUUGCCGUGGGAAUGGCAGUACAACUCUGUCUGUCGCUCUCUAUCUACCUUGCUUCCCGAAAGUUCCAUGGAUUCGGCAGCUUCUCCCAACACGGCAGCCUCGCAGAGAUUCCUUCGAUCCUGUGGCAGUUGUUCUGGUCGUGGAUAUUUGCGCCGUGCAUUCUCUGGAAGAUUCGCAACAUUCGUGACAUCCAUCACUGGAGGCUUCAAAUCACACUCUGCGUCAUCGCCGCUUUACCAGGCUCACCCCUGUGGUUCAUAGCACUAAAUUCAACCUCCGAGCCUUGGGCGGCCAUUAAUAGGCACUGGGUACCAGCUCUCUGGUUCGCUCCGGGUAUUAUCGCCAUGGAGGGUGUUACAAUCUUCUUUCCAUUUUAUGAGGUUAUCGUUUCUAGAAGGCAGCGAGAUCGCAUCCUAGGCGCAAUCCAGGCCUGGAACGAGAAAGUUAACGACAGCGAAUCCGAUUCGGGGACGUCGAAAUCGCAGACGGGGUCCAGCCGCAUGAAUGAGCUGUACUCUAUCAAGGCGUUGGAGAAGUGCCUAGAGGAAGACUCCCACGCCCUGCUCCAUUUCGCCGCGGCCAAGGAAUUCAGCGGCGAAAAUAUCAUCUUCUUGAACUACGUGCGCGACUGGAAGGCCAGCUGGGCCAGAAUCAACACCUCAAAUCCCGAAUACGACUGGAGCCGAGAUCCUCAAUAUCACCGGCUUCAUUUCUUCAAGAUUGCGGUCGAGAUCUAUAGCGCCUGCGUCAAUUUGAAAACGGCGGAGUUCCCGAUCAACGUCGAAUCGCGGAUCUACUCGGAUCUGACAGCAACGUUUGGUGACGCGGUGCAAUGUUCCGGUCGGCGUGUGUCCAGGGGCACCGCAACACACAUGGAAGAAGACACUCGCGCGCUGUGUCUGGAUGAAAACCCGUACGUGAGCCAGAGCAUCAUGCAGAUCAAGUCCCGUGUUCCCGACUCGGUCGCUGUUCCGGUGAACUUCGGGAUCUCUUCCUUUGACGAGGCCCAGAAGUCCAUCCUCACCCUGGUGUUCACUAAUACCUGGCCUAAAUUUAUUGAUUCUUCGAGCGAUGACUUGUCCAUCAAGUUUUGA